AUGGGCGCUGUUGACUGGUUUCGCGCGAGCUCGGACAGGGCGGACACCGAGAUAGAGAACACCAAUGCGCGCAAGAGAUCCCCAAGCCGCUUCAGUCGCUUGCGACUGCACGGCUCGGCCAUGUUGAACGCCAAGGGUCUGGUGCAGCGCACGGUGGUGACGAAGCUCUAUCCGAUCGUGCAGUUCCGCCUGUCGCCGCUUCCGUUCAAGCGUGAUAGCGAGCCGCUCGUGGUAGAGCAGUCCAAUGACUGUGUCGAGCCUGAGAUCGAACUGCCAACCGGACUGGAGGCCAAGUGGCUCACCACAGAGGCUUCCGAGCGCUUCGCUGACCAGGUCAAGUGCAUGGUUGCGGAUGCGAGCAGCACGUUCCAGAUGACUAGCGAAGGUUGCGGUGGUGCGUACUUUUUGACGAUGGAAUCGACUGGGUCUGCUAGUAAGAAGGCGAACCCCAUGGGAAUCUUUAAGCCGAGAGAUGAGGAGUACAUGGCGCCCAAGAACCCGCGAGGGUACGUGAAGGAAAACGCUGAGGUGGGCAUCACGGAACACCCAGUCAACAAGGGAUUCCGCGUUGGCAACGGAGCUCUCCGUGAACGCGCCGCCUAUUUGCUGGACAACGCCUACGGCAGCUUUAGUGGGGUGCCUGUGACGAAUUUGAUGGUUUUGAAUGUGAAUGGAGAGGAGAAGGAAGGCUCAAUGCAGCGCUUCGUUCCCUCUCAGUGCUCGGCUGAAGACAUGGGUACACUCAAGUUCGCGAUCCCUGAGGUUCACAAGAUCGGCAUCCUGGACGUGCGUCUAUUUAACACUGACCGCCACGCCGGCAACAUUUUGCUGAGUGCACGGCCUAAUGACCAGACUUUCGCUAUGACGCCGAUCGACCACGGCUUCUGUCUGCCGUCGUACAAGUACCUGGACGGCGCGACGUUCGACUGGCUGCAGUGGCCUCAGGCUGAGUUCCCGUUUACGUGUGCUGAGCUGGACCACAUCGCGUCGCUGGACGAGGCGCGCGAUGCGGCCGUGCUGCGUGCUGUUGGAAUUGAGGAGGAAUGUGUGACGACGAUGCGUGUGUGUACGGCGGUGUUGAAGCGUGGAGCGGAGGCUGGAUUCUCGCUGUUUGAGAUCGGCAGUCUGCUACAGCGCGACGGUGACUUCACGUCCCCCUCGCAGCUGGAAUUAGUUGUCGCCAAGGCAGUGGAGAUCGUCGAGGACAUGGGCAUGUCGGAGGAUACGGACGGAGUGGAUUUCUUUGAUGCCAUCGUGGCCGAGUCUACUCGCCAGGCCGAUAGCAUGUUCGAGAAGCAGACCAAGAAGAAAGUGCGAAGCAUCAGCUGCUUCAGUUAA